ACCUUAAUCCAAUAUCACUAUAUUGUAACCACAUCGACUAUAGGAUCUCCUCAAUAGUGUCUUGCUUUUUUCUGUAUAUUUCCUUUUUAAAACGAGUUAAAAUGCAUCAUUUUAUUGUCAUCUGCAUACUAUUUAGUAUGAAUCGCUUCGCAGUAUCGGGAAAUGGUCACGAGACAGAAGGUAUGUUCAUAUUUUGAAAAUCCUUUAAUUAAGCAUUUGAGUUUCUGUCAUAAUCAUGACAUUAUGAAAUAGGCCUUAUUUAUAUUUUAAAAGUAAACUCCAAAUUUUCAUUUUUUAAGUUGGAGUAAAGAUAAUGACUUAUAUCGAUUUCAAUCGAUUGAUCAUUAACUUAUCUAAAAUGUAUAUAAUUUACAUAACAUGAUUAGAAAAAUUGUGAUUUCCCCCCAAUUUUAAAUAUAUUUAUAAUUCUUGUCAACUACUUUCUAAUUUCAACUAUCCUGAUUCAGAAGUCUUACGACUAUUUAGAUAUAAACCAAGGUAAUGAAAUAUGUAUGUUACCUGUAACCACCUAAAGAUUCUUGCCUACUGUCUUCACUCUUCUUAUUGUUUUUGGCCUAUCGGAGAGAGUAAUGUGGGACCUGUCCUGAGCCUUCCCCCCCCCCCCACGACCCCAACCAAAAGAAAAAUGCUACCGAUAUUAGUUGAAUAAUAUCUCCUUUUUUUACAAUAAUAUCAGUGAACAAGUUUUCCACUACUUGUCAUAUUUAAAAAAGAAUUGCUUUAAGUUCAUUUUGUGCCUUUAUUUCUUUCUUGACCAAGUUAGCAUUAUGAAUUAUUUUGUUGCAUUAUUUUCACAUUGAAUGCCCUUAAUUUCGUUUUGGUCAGCCUAUUCUGUUUAGUUUUACUUUGUUCCUUUUUUUAAAUCAUAUUUCAUAUGGUAACGUCAUUGAACACCACAAUAGAACCAUGUAAAAACGGUGGAUGUACAACCCAAGCAAAUUUGGAUACGGAAUAUGACAGGGGUAUGCUAUCGACUAUCCUAAUUUCCAUCUUCAGCACAGUUUUUGUCUGUUUUAUUGUCUUCACUGUGGCUAUUUUUCUUUAUCGAUGGCUACACAAGACAGAGUACAUGGUAUCUAGAAGAAAUAAAGAAGAGGAGAAUGUUGGAGAAAAUCCCCCUACCAACAUGACCAAGACGGAAGAUUUCCCAACAGGUCGUCGGGUGGAACCCUCGAGACAACAGUCAACCAGAAUAUCAAUUAAACCAACGUUUUUUAGGUCUUCAGCGUUCAAAAAUAUCACAAGGAAUUCUGAAGGGAGUUCAAAGGCAUCCAAAGACUUCACAGGGGAGACUUGUGACAAUUCAGCGCCAAUCAACGAGAUGGAAGGCAAGAUUUACGAGGCUUCGACAGUGUUUGGAGACAUUGCUAUUAAGACCCAAGACGGUCCAGGGGCGUCCAGAAACAUAACUAGGAAGGUCAACGACGAUUCAACGGCUUUUAGAGACAUGAAUAAAACGACUCACAACAGUUCAACAUCGUUCAGGAGAAUAAAAAAGAAAGCCCGCCAAAGUGUAGCAGCUUUUGGAGACAUCAAAAGACGUGGCAAUGGGAGUUCAGCAGCGUUCGGCAACAUCACUCGUAGGACCCGAGACAGUUUAGCAGCUUUUGGAGAUAUCAGGAAGAAGACGCGACACAGUUUAGCAGCCUUUGGAGAUAUCAAGAGCAUGGAUAAGAAGGUCCGUGAUAGGCUAUCAGCACCUGAAACCACCAGAACGAAAAAGGCCAGUGGCAGUGUGGCACCAAACAGAGACAACACAAUUAAUGACCUCGACGGUCUAGAAACAGAAGAUUACUACUACGACGCAAAUUAUGUCGACACCUCAAUCACAUCGGCCAUUCAGAAUGCAAAAGAAGACACAACAGCUGAUAAUAAGACAAACCCUAAUGAAGUAGACCAUGAUUACAUUUACCCAAUUGAAAAACCAACCCAAUUUCAACGCAGAUUCAUGGCAAGCCGAAUAACGAAAGAUGGGUAUCUGGUACCUGAAUUGCCAUUACCCGAACUUCCCUCAACCACGACAGAUAAAUAUCAUUCUGCUCGUUUCUCCAGGCAACCUGGAUGCCUUAAAGAGGACGAAAACAUUUACUAUGAGGUUGACUAAACUCAGUUGUGCCUACGAUUUUAAGUAUACCGUGAACAGUGGCGUACCUAGGAUUUCUCACAGGGGGGGCAAAACCGUCUGCCAAAAAAAUUGACAAGCAAAAUUUCGUACCAGAAAAAAAUUUGACAAGCAAAAAACAAAAAAAGGUCUUCAUUCACAAAUGAAGGAUUUCGUACCAGAUAAAAAUUUGACAAGC